GCUGCGCCGGACGACGCUAGGGCAUACAGUCGCUCAGCUUCCUCAGCUCCACAGCAUCUCUUCGCUCACCGCAGCCCACACACCACCACCACCACCACAGCCCAACAAUGGCCGGCAAGUCUUUCGCUGCCUCCCGCCGCUCCGCCCGGCCCCUCGCCGCGCUGCUCCGCGCCGCUGCCGUGCUGUGCGUCGCGCUGCUCCUCGUCGCCGCCUCCGCGCCCUCCGCCUCCUCCUACCGCAAGCCCCCCUUCAACGGCUCCAUCUUCGGCAAGCGCGCCCCCGCCGCCGCCGCCGCCCCCGCCCCCGCCGCCUCCGCUCAAGACUAUGAAGCCGCAGCCGCCGGCAAAGCCCUCUCUGCUCUGUGCGAAGUUGCUGCUGAGGCCUGCUCCGCCUGGUUCCCCCAGCAGAACGAGCUCAACUAA